AUGGCGAACGACCACCCUCACAAACAACUACACCUCACAGCCUUCAUGCGCCCAGUAUCGCUACACACUGGCGCAUGGCGAUAUCCCGGCGCCGCCCCCGACGCAAACUUCAACCUCUCCCACCUCAAAACCUACAUCCAGACCCUCGAAGCCGCCAAAUUCGACGCCUUCUUCAUGGCCGACCACCUCGCCGUCCUAAACAUGCCCACCGCCGCCCUGCAACGCUCCCACACCACCACCUCCUUCGAACCCUUCACCCUCCUCUCGGCCCUCUCCCAACACACCACCCAUAUCGGCCUCGCCGCCACAGCCUCAACAACAUACGACGAACCCUACCAUAUCGCGCGGCGCUUUGCGAGUCUGGAUCAUUUAUCCGGGGGCAGGGCGGCGUGGAAUAUUGUGACGACGGGGAAUCCGGAGUCUUCCAAGAAUUUUGGCUUCGAGGAGCACAUGCAGCAUACGGAUCGGUAUAAGCGCGCGAGGGAGUUUUAUGAUGUGGUGACGGGGUUGUGGGAUUCUUUUGCGGAUGAUGCGUUUCCGAGGGAUGUAGAAUCAGGAAUGUACCUGGACCCAGAGAAGAUGCACGUCCUCAAUCACAAAGGCGACGAUCUCUCGGUGCGGGGGCCUUUGAAUAUUGCUCGCCCUAUUCAGGGCUGGCCGGUUAUUGUGCAAGCGGGUCAGAGUGAGCCGGGACGACAACUGGCUGCUGAAACGGCGGAGUUGGUGUUCUGUUCGCCGAAGGAUUUGAAGGGUGCGAAAGAGCUGUAUGCAGAUAUCAAAUCUCGCGUGGAGAAGGCAGGGCGGAAGAGAGAACAUCUCAAGAUCUUGCCCGCGGCGAUGAUAAUCGUAGGUGAUUCGGCCGAGGACGCGCAGGAGAAGAGGUUGUUGCUGGAUAGUAAGGUGCACUACGACAGCGCUAUUGCCAGUCUUUCCAUCGCCCUGGGCUGCGACGCGAGCCAAUUCGAGCCUGAUGCGCCGCUUCCAAAGGUCAUGCCGGAGACGAAUGCGAGUCAUACAGCGAGGCAGGGAGUCAUCAAUCUAGCGGAGGAGGAAGGGUUGACGGUGCGGCAGCUGGCGCAGAGGUAUGGUGGGUAUUCUGGUUUGGCGUUUGUGGGGAGCCCGGACAGUAUUGCGGAUGAGAUGGAGGUGUGGUUGAGGGAGGAGGGGUGUGAUGGGUUUACGUGUACGAUGCCGUAUCUGCCGCAGGGGCUUGAUGAUAUUGCGAAGAGACUUGUGCCGGUGUUGCAAGAACGAGGUUUGUUCAGGAAGGAGUAUGAGGGCUCGACGUUGAGGGAGCAUCUUGGAUUGCCACGGCCGAAGAAUCGAUUCUUCCCGGAUGCGCCUGCUACGGAUGGGACGAACGGCGUGAAUGGCGUGAACAGCGCCAAGGAGGAGCCAUAUCGGUAUGUCAGCCAGUCGAUGAGUGGUCAAAGCACGCCAGUAUUCCAGAAUGUCAGGUAUCAAGGAUGA